AUGGCAAAACUGGUAGUUCCCAUUUUACUAGGUCUAAUACUACAACCAGGGGUGAGGACUGAUGGUGAAGCACCAGAACGAGGUUGGGCAAAUGCCAACCGUGUCGCAUCUAGCACAAAGGAAAUGGGGCCAGGAACUCGACGUGACACCUUAGACGAUCACUUCGGUGAUUGGAAUUGGAAAAAGACGACAACACUUGGCCGUACGUUGAAGCGCAAGAUGGAAAACGCCAUAAAGUGGGAAUGGGAACAUCGUGUCGCCUUGUACGAUUUGGAAGGAACAAUUCAGCCUGUGCUGCUGGACGAGUGGGGAACAGAAGUCGAGAUGUGGGAGGAGGACAACACUCGCCCAAAUCCGUUCGAAAGCAAGCUUGCUUCUAUUACGCAGGCCACGGUAAGGUCACAGCUCGCAGAAUUGGAAGCACAAGAGCUGCGGGAAGGGAUCAACCACUCUCUCGACGACAAUGUCUCACCUAGCGUCCUCAUUAGUGGUGGGAUUGAAUUAGAAGACUUGCAACAACGGCUCAAACGCGACAUUUCAGACCUCUCGCUUCAUCCCACAGACAAUCAAAGAGAGGCCAUCAUUCAUAGAACUAAUGCACUACAGAGACGCAUCAAUUCCUGGACCCGCUAUCAACCACUCUAUAUGCCUAUUGUCUCCACGCUGCGCUCAUCAACGAAUCCAAGUCCAGGUGCCCCCCAAACACUUAAGCCGCAGGAUUUUCCACUCUAUCUACCAUCAGCUCUCAAUCAUCUCGACUGCAAUCACCGUUUAAUGAAGCACGAAUGGAAACUUCGGCAGGCACAAGCUCACGAUGCCCUCAACGAGCUCCGCUCCCACCUUCGUUUACGUUCGCACAUUUACAAAUUCAAAGACAAGAACUUACGGGGCCAAGCAGCUUCUACCCGUGCACAAAAUCUGAUUGCACGCGUCGAAGCAAAGAAAGAUGCGGCGGUAGCGAGAUACAGGUGCGCUCGUCAAGCGAUAGAAUCACUAAGCUGUCGGUUGGAUGAGAUGGGCUGGGAGGCAACACUUCGACCCCUCAGACACGAGGACAUUCGGCCUAUGGGCGAUUUCACAGGUGAUCGCACUCAAGGCACCGGGACAAUCUCGUGGAUCUGGCUGACGACAGAUGUCGACACCAGUCCAUCCGAGAAUGAAAGUGUUCAAGAUUGUGUUCAUAUCGAAUGGUGCAAGGCACGCGCACGCGCAGCUCGAUGGUCCGAGGAAGUAGAGUUGCUGGCCGAAGAAAUGAGACGAGUACUUGCCUUUCUGGAAUGGCAAGGCUCCUGGUGGCAUCAGUGCACAACGCUGCGCUCAUCGGAGAAGACUACCGAGCAAGAGGGCUUGUAG